UUUGGUACCGCCUCCUUAACCAGCGUUGUAAACAAACACUGCAUAAUAUUGCAAGUUUGUCCGUCACCACGAAAAUAUCCUAUCUACAAAAAACUUAGUCGGAGUAGCUAUUGUUAUUUUAACUACAACAUACACGAAACUGUUUCAUCUCAGAGAAAAACUACUUGUUCCUGUUGUCAAGUGUGAGAGACCGAGAGAAAAUCUGCACCACGAUUCUUGUUUGUUUGGAUCUAUCUGUCCGAUGGUUUCUUGCUGUAAAAGUGACCCAACAAGCUAUCUCCUAGACGAUUUAGCAAUUUACUGAUGCAURUUAGUUGACCAUCUUAGUUGCUGGUCAUAUCUUCGUUCAAAUUAGGUCUUCCACUGAAAAUCCGAUAACUACUUUAGACAUGGUGAAGCUGACGAAGGCUAAGACGUUCCAGGCGUACCUAGACUCGUGCCACCGCAGGUACAGCUGUGUUCACUGCCGAGCACACCUGGCCAACCAUGAUGACCUCAUCUCCAAGUCUUUUCAGGGUAGCCAGGGACGUGCUUACCUCUUCAACUCUGUGGUGAAUGUGGGCUGUGGUCCUGCCGAGGAGAGGCUGCUACUCACCGGGCUCCACGCUGUGGCAGACAUCUACUGUGAGAACUGCCACACCACACUGGGCUGGAAAUACGAGCAGGCCUUUGAGUUGAGUCAGAAGUACAAGGAAGGGAAGUUCAUCAUUGAGCUGUCCCACAUGAUAAAGGACAACGGCUGGGACUGAGAGGUGAAGGGAGAUGUUUUCAUUGAUGUUUCAUCCCUCAUCCAUUGUUCUUCCUGGCCUGAAUGUGUGUCCCCUCACCCUGCGUAAGGGCCAUCGGCUCUGCCACUCCGUCACUUCAUACAGCUUUGCCAAGAGUAGCAUAUGAUGUUUAUAUAUAUAUAUAUAUAUAUAUACACACACACACACAGAGUAUACCAAA